GCGCUGAUGGGUCCUGCAGAGAUAUGCAGCAUUCCACCAAUAUGCUCAAACUUCUCCUACCAAUAAUUCUAGUAUUGUUAUUCGGAAAUAUAUCUCAAUUACUCGCCUGGGAUUGGAUCCCAAAUUGACCGGUAUGCUUUCCUUGUUGAUAAGGAAUGGUUCACACAACUGAAAGAUAUCUACAGUGUGCAAACUAUGGAAAGUGUUCCGGUUGUGCUAGAUAUAAUUGAAGAGCUCGCGCUCUGUUUGAAUGAUACGUUUGGGGUCGAAGAUAAGUAUAAAUGUGGAGUGAAUGCUUCAUGUAACAAAGGCUUGUGUUCUUGUACAAUAGGAUUCGAAGGAAAUCCUUAUUUGCCGCAAGGAUGUCAAGAUAUCGAUGAAUGUACAAGAACACCAAAUAGAACCAUCAAUGGUCAUAUAUGCCAUCAUAUUUGUACCAAUACACCAGGAAGCUACAUUUGUUCAUGCAGAGAUGGGUGGGCUUUUAACACUAAUCCAGGUUCGGAAGAAUUUUGCGUGAAGAUAAGUGGUUUUCAGAAGGUCAAGAAACCUGUAAUCAUAGUAAUAGUCACUUGUGCAUGUCUAGGGACGUUGUUGGCUACUGCAUGGUGGUUGUACAAAGUCUUGAGACGCAGAAAAAUACGUAAACUCCAGCAGAAGUUCUUUAAAAGAAAUGGAGGUCUGCUAUUAGAUCAACAGGUAUCUUCUAGCGAAGGCAACAUGGAGACAACCAAAUUGUUUACUUCAAAGGAGUUGGAGAAGGCAACUGACCAAUAUAAUGUAGACCGAAUUGUUGGACAAGGAGGACUGGGUACUGUCUAUAAAGGAAUGUUGACAGAUGGCAGAAUAGUGGCAGUGAAAAAAUCCAAGAUCGAAGAUGAAAGCAAGCUCGAACAUUUUAUUAAUGAGGUUGUUAUUUUAUCACAAAUAAACCACAGAAAUAUUGUAAAGCUACAUGGAUGUUGCUUGGAGACAGAGGUCCCUUUACUCGUUUAUGAGUUCAUCCCAAACGGAACACUGAUGCAGUAUAUUCAUGAGCAGAAUGAAUACUUUCCUCUAACAUGGGAUGUCCGUAUACGUUUGGCCACAGAAAUUGCAGGAGCUCUCUAUUAUUUACACUCUGCUGCGUCAAUGCCAAUAUAUCAUCGAGAUAUUAAGUCAUCAAAUAUACUUCUGGAUGACAAGUACAAAGCAAAAGUGGCAGACUUUGGAACAUCAAGAUCAAUUUCAAAUGACCAAACUCACCUGACUACAAGAGUACAAGGUACAUUCGGUUACUUGGAUCUUGAAUAUUUCGGAUCAGGUCAAUUCACAGAUAAAAGUGAUGUUUAUAGCAUUGGGGUAGUUCUUCUUGAGCUUUUGACAGGACAGAAACCAAUCUUGCCAGCUAGACUUGACGAUGAAGCACGAACCUUAGCAACACUUUUUUCAUUGGGAAUGGAAGAAAUGUUAAAAAUCAAACCCGUUUUAAAGAGACCAAAUAUCAUUAUAUCUUCAAAACUGUGGAACACGGUAGAGCUGGAGAUGGGUGUAAAACUGUGGCUACUGGCAACGCUAGUUUUAUUCUUCAUAAAGGAUGCAUUUGCACAAAAUUGGUCUGUAGCACUUCCUGGAUGUCAAGAAAGUUGUGGCAGCCUCGUAGUUCCUUACCCAUUCGGAAUCGGAUCAAACUGUUCAGCUUCCAAGGUGUUCGAGAUACAUUGCAACAACUCUUUUAAUCCUCCAAAACCUUUCCUCAGGAUGAGCACUUUGGAUGCAUACACUUAUCUGGAGGUGAUGGAUAUAUCAGUACUAGAUCCAGAUAAGGGAGCCACGGCUCGCGUCAAAUAUCCAAUAACUAGAGAUUGUAUAGACAAGAGUGAUGAGGAUCCGGUAAUUGAUUUACCAUCCGGCUUUACAUUCUCAGACACUGAAAAUCGAUUUAUUGCCAUGGGCUGUGACAAUCUUGCUUUACUAACAUCCGGAUUAUACCCUGAGGAGUUUACAACGGCUGGGUAUGGAUUCAUUGUUGAUCAGAACUGGUUUGAAGGGUUGGAAGAUAUCUACAGUGUACGAAAAAUGAAAACAGUUCCUGUUGUGCUAAACAUAGAUUCUUUAACAUCUGAAUGUGGAAAAAAUGCUGGAUGGGCAACACAAAGCUUGUGUUCUUGUCAAGAAGGAUACGAAGGUCAUCCUUAUUUGCCUCGAGGUUGUCAAGCAUCAUCAUUAUUUAGCAUGUUUCCUUUAUCUUCUUCCUCAAAUUAUUGUCUAUAUUCCACAUCUCUGUACUCUUUUGAAUAUAAUCGGACCUCUUGCAUCAUUAUCGGUACUGCAGUCACUUGUUAUGGUCUAUGCGUGCUAUUGGCUAAUACACGGUGGUUGUGCGAAGUAAUAAGACGAAGGAAAAUACAUAGGCUCAAGGAGAAGUUCUUUAAGAGAAAUGGUGGUCUGCUAUUGAAACAACAAAUAUCUUCUACCAAAGGCAACGUGGAGACAACCAAAUUGUUUACUUCAACAGAGUUGGAGAAGGCAACUGACGAGUAUAAUGUUGACCGAAUUAUUGGACAAGGAGGACUAGGUACUGUCUAUAAAGGCAUGUUGACAGAUGGCAGAAUAGUAGCCGUGAAGAAAUCCAAGAUAGAAGAUGAAAGCAAGCUCGAACAUUUUAUUAAUGAGGUUGUUAUUUUAUCACAAAUAAACCACAGAAAUAUUGUAAAGCUACAUGGAUGUUGCUUGGAAACAGAGGUCCCUUUACUCGUUUAUGAGUUCAUCCCCAACGGAACACUGAUGCAGUAUAUUCAUGAGCAGAAUGAAUACUUUCCUCUAACAUGGGAUGUUCGUAUACGUGUGGCCACAGAAAUUGCAGGAGCUCUCUAUUAUUUACACUCUGCUGCGUCAGUGCCAAUAUAUCAUCGAGAUAUUAAGUCAUCAAAUAUACUUCUGGACGAAAAGUACACGGCAAAAGUAGCAGACUUCGGAACAUCAAGAUCAAUUUCAAAUGACCAAACUCACCUGACUACAAGAGUACAAGGUACAUUCGGUUACUUGGAUCCUGAAUAUUUCCGAUCAAGUCAAUUCACAGAUAAAAGCGAUGUUUAUAGCUUUGGGGUAGUUCUUGUUGAGCUUUUGACUGGACAGAAACCAAUCUUGCCCGCUAGACUUGACGAUGAAGCACGAAGCUUAGCAACACUUUUUUCAUUGGCAAUGGAAGAAAAUCGUAUAUUAGAUAUUCUUGAUUCACAGAUUAAGAAUGAGGGCGGGAUGGAAGAGAUGAUAGCGUUUGCUAACAUUGCUUAUAGAUGCUUGAACCCUAAUGGGAGGAAAAGGCCAAUGAUGAAACAAGUAGUUGCUGAGCUAGAGAGUAUUAGAAACACAAAUGAAUCACCUUCAGCACAACAACACUAUGAAGAGGACGGAUAUGAAAUAAAUGAGCCCUGGGAUUCAGAUGUUACUUCAACUACAAUGAGUUCCACUGUAUAUCACAGCCUUACUGUUGAUAUAGAGCCUCUUAUGACAAACUAGUGAAAGUGAAGGGCAAGUGCUUAUAACGACAUCAGAUGCUGUUGAUCUCCAAAUACUAUCCAAGAGCCGCUUCCUCUUACGGUGCACAACUUUAAAAGUUUAUACGCAAGGACAACUAAUUCACAUAGAAAUGCAAAUUAAGGGCCAACAAUAUAGAAUUUUUAAGGAGAGUGUGUUUUAUAUUGUCAAAUUCUAUUCAAGUUAGUAAUAUUGUAAUACUGAAAUUAAGACGAUGUCAACUUGUUCUAAAUUUCUUUACUUUGUUCAGAUAUUCAUCUCUUUCUGUAUCUCAGGGUCUCAAAUAUUACAUGAAUGAGUAGUAU